AUGGAAAAUGGAAAGUGUAUAAGACACUUUCCAAAGAGAUUUGUUAAUAGUACAACUGUUGAUGAAGAUGGUUAUCCUAUUUACAAGCAAAGAGAGGAUGGAAAGACAAUAAGUAAAUCAGGUGUUGAGCUUGACAACCGAUAUGUUGUCCCACACAAUAGGAAGCUUUUACUGAAGUAUGGCGCACACAUUAAUGUUGAGUGGUGCAACCAAUCAAGAUUGAUCAAGUAUUUAUUCAAAUAUGUAAACAAAGGAAAUGACCGUGUGACUGCUUCAUUUUAUAAGAGUGCCACAGCAAAUUCAGACAAGGAUGGAUGUGAUGAAGUUAGGGAGCAACCGAUGGUUUUCCAAGACCACGAAAACCUAGCUGAUGUCGCUAAGAAAGCUUCCGUAAAAGAAUUUAUGUUUCUGGGAUGGUUUGAAGCAAAUAAGAAGUACAAUGAAGCUUGCUCUUUGACAUAUGCGGAAUUUCCAUCGAAAUUUGUGUGGAAGCCUGCUCCAAGAAAAUGGUAUCCACGGAAAUCUCAUUCGGUUAUUAGACGAAUUUUUUUCGUUCCACCGGGAUCAGGUGAAAUAUACUAUCUAAGAUUACUUCUGAACUUUGUUAGGGGCCCUACUAGCUAUGAAGAGAUUAGAACUAUUGAUGGUGUUCUCUACUCCACAUUCAGAGAUGCAUGUUAUGCACAAGGCCUAUUGGAUGAUGAUAAGGAAUAUAUCGAUGCUAUAGAAGAAGCAAGCCAUUGGGGGUCUGGAGAGUAUCUAAGAAAGCUAUUCGCAACACUAUUGUUUUCUAAUUCGAUGAAUAGGCCAGAACAUGUAUGGGAGAGGACAUGGAGAAUCCUAUCUGACGAUGUUCUAUUCAGACAAAGGGCAUUACUUGACAAUCAAGACUUACACAUGACUAAUCAAGAACUAAGGGAGUUGACUCUAAUCGAUAUCGAGAACAUACUCAGAGGGUACAACAAAAGUUUGAGAGAUGUCCCUUCGAUGCCAUUCCCAGAUAUGGAUAUAUGUGAACAACAGUUGAUGAACACUGGUGUAAAUAGGCUGAUUUGUGACGAGUUUCGGUACGAUAGGCGUAAAUUGACUAUAGAACAUGCAGAUUAUAUGUAG